AUGGCGCCGCCGCUCUGCAGAUGCAAGAUGCCCGCGCGCCACGCGGAGACGAAAAAGGCGGGCCCAAACCACCGCCGGCCCUUCUGGAGUUGCGCGGCGACAGACAGCCGCGGCUGCGACUUCUUCCAGUGGGACGGGCCGCCGCGUGCGGCAGCAGCCGCGGGGCCGGCGGGCCCGUCCGCGGCGGCGGCGCCGGCACGGCAGCAGCCCGAUCGCAUCGAUGGUCAGUGCGGGCAGUGCCGUGCUCCCGUGGCGUACCUGACCGUCUCCUCCCAGAAUGCUCGCGGGAACCAGGGACGGCGCUACUACCAGUGCUCCGCCUGCGACAAGUUCAAGUGGCUGACGCCGGCUGCGACGCCCUCUUCCGAGCCGGCCACGUCCAUCAACUUUUACGCGGUGACUGACCGAGAGACGCUCAGCGCGGUGCAGGCGCUGCUCGCGGUGCCGCCGGGCGUACGGCUCGGCGUAGGUCGCGACUACACUGAGCAGCGCGCCGUACCGUACGACUACCUCGAGGUGGCCCACGCGUGGCGCGUCAUCAACCGGGAGAAGCAGGCGAGGUUCGACUCCUUUCGGCAGGGGCUGACUGCAGCGCCGCCGGUGGCGCUGCGAGAGGCGCACGCCGCCGCAGCCGCGGCGCUGCGGCGAACGCAGUGCAUGCGCGGCUCGGACGCCGCAAAAGUGGACCAGUACCUCGGCGUCGACCUGCGAGACCGCAAGGGCGAGCCCGCCCACGCGCUGCACCGGCUGCACCACAAGCUCUACACCAACCUCCCCCACAAGGGUCACGUCUACUACGUCCUCGUCUGCUCCGUCGCGCUCGGAGACCCGGACGGACGCACCGAGCUGGGUGGUGGCGAGCCGCUCUUUGCCGACGAGGAGCGGCGCGCUCUCCGCCGCCCGGCCCGCCACGCCGCGCUGGCCGAGCUCGGCGAGCGGGUUGUCCGCUUCCGCGAGCUGGCGAUCCAGAUCGAGCUCGUCGUCGCCGUGCAGCGCACCCGCCGCUUCUGCGGCGCGCUGCAGCACUGCUCGCCGCCGCUGCCCGCCGCCAUGCCGAUGGGCCCGCUCCCAUGGCAGCGCAACCAUCGGUGGGCGCGGCCGCAGCUCGUCUGCCCUCUCAGCCUCGCCGGCGAGUCUUCCGCUGCCGCGACCUUGCGUUGCGUGGACUGCUGCCGGCCCCUCGCCAGCGCGGGCGCCGACGCGUCCGCCCGCUUGUGCCACGGCUGCGGCGCGCUCUGCCUCGACGGCGCUUCGUCGCUCGACUGCGGCGGCUGCGGGAAGCGGAUCUGCGCGGAGUGCGCCGCGCUGCCGGCCGCGCAAGAGAGGUGCGGCGUGGUGGCGCACGCGGGCUGCGGCUUCGAGCUCGCCCUGCCCACCUGCCACUGCGGCUUGCCGGCGGCCGUCCGGCGGAAGAGGCGGGACGGGUCGACGUACUAUGCGUGCCCGGUUGAGUCGCUCGAGCACCAUUCCUUGGCAGGCGGAGGAGGCUGGGAGGAGGAGGGGUGCAGCUUCGUCGACUGGAACGGGCCUGCUGAGGCGGCGGCGCGCAGCAGAGAGCCCCAAUCACCGACCGAGCUGAUUUCGCAGGCCACGGGGGAAGCAGCGGCCCCCGCCGCCGCCGCCGCUGGUACCACCUCGCCUCCCCCAAAGCGCCAGCGCGGCGGCGGCGCCUCCUCCGCCAGCGGUGCUGCGGAGGUGGUGGACUUGUGCGACAGCGAGGCUGACUCGGAGGCGACGCUGUGCGACUCCGAGUCGGGCUCAUCCGCCUCGCCGUCGGAGGAGGAGGGGGCGGCGACGACGGGUCAGAGCGUCUCGUACGCGCAACGGGACGGCACCCAGUGCCUCGCCACCGUGAGCGCCGUGCUGCCUGGCAGCGUGGACGACCCGGAGCCGAGCUACACGGUGGCGAUGCCCAGCGGCAUGCAACGCGACACCAUCGCCGCGCGGCUCACGGCAUCCUCGCCGCAGCCGCCACCGUUGCCGCCGCAGCAGCCGACGCCGCCGCCGCCGCCGACGCCGCAGCAGCCGCCGCAGCAGCCGCCGCAGCAGCCGCAGCGAGCGGUGUGGGAGGUAGAGCUCUCUCGCGCUUUCGUCGCUUUCGGCGCGCCGGCACAAGAGGAGCUGGAGGCGGCGUUCCAGCGCGGCGACCCCGUCGCGCGCAUCCGCGUGCGCGGCCAGUCCUACGAGGUCUCGGUGAGGGCGAGUCAGCCGCGGCAGCAGGCGGUCGGAGGCGGGUCGAGGAGCCGCGCGGUGCGGCGGCGAGAGCUGGGCGCAGCUGGGGCGGCGGGCGCUGAGUGA